AAAAAUGUAACCUUUAGCUCAGUCAGACGGGCGCGGAGACGCUUCUGGAAGUAACAUCGCGAUGGCUGCCCAAGGAGAACCCCAAGUUCAGUUCAAACUUGUUUUGGUUGGUGAUGGUGGUACUGGAAAAACUACAUUCGUGAAGCGUCAUCUGACUGGUGAAUUUGAGAAGAAGUAUGUAGCUACCUUGGGUGUUGAGGUCCAUCCUCUUGUGUUCCAUACCAACAGAGGACCUAUUAAGUUCAAUGUAUGGGAUACAGCUGGUCAGGAGAAAUUUGGUGGACUGAGAGAUGGCUAUUAUAUACAAGCUCAGUGUGCCAUUAUAAUGUUUGAUGUAACAUCAAGAGUUACUUACAAGAAUGUGCCUAACUGGCAUAGAGAUCUGGUACGAGUGUGUGAGAACAUCCCAAUUGUGUUGUGUGGCAACAAAGUGGAUAUUAAGGACAGAAAGGUUAAGGCAAAGUCAAUUGUCUUCCACCGAAAGAAGAAUCUUCAGUACUAUGACAUUUCUGCCAAAAGUAACUACAACUUUGAAAAGCCCUUCCUCUGGCUUGCUAGAAAAUUGAUUGGAGACCCUAACUUGGAGUUUGUCGCCAUGCCUGCUCUUGCCCCGCCAGAGGUGGUCAUGGACCCAGCCUUGGCAGCACAGUACGAGCACGAUUUAGAGGUUGCUCAGACAACUGCUCUCCCGGAUGAAGAUGAUGACCUGUGAGAAAGUGAAGCUGGGGCCCAGCGUCAGAAGUCUAGUUUUAUAGGCAACUGUCCUGUGAUGUCAGUGGUGCAGCGUGUUUGCCACUUUAUUAUAUAGCUAAGCAGAACAUGUGCUUAAUCUUUGGAUGCUGAAGGAGAUGGAUGGGCUUUGGAGUGAAUGUGGCAGUUUAAAAAAAAAAAAAAACCUUCAUUUUUUGGACCUGCAUAUUUAGGUGUUUUGGAACACAGUUGUUUCCUCCUUGAGUUUCAAAUAUAAGACUGCUAUAGUCACAUGACAAUAUUGAGAGGUGGAAUCUUGUUUGUUACUGUCAUUCCCAUUCCUUUUCGUUUAGAAUCAGAAUAAAGUUGUAUUUCAAAUA